ACUGCGCAGAGCCAAUAGCCAGAAGACUUUCAGGUCUGCUCAGGUGCAUAUAUCAACUACUUGGCUGACGUCUGCGGAAUCACCUCUCCACGAACUGUAACUAAAUUGUAACAAGCUAAUACGCUUUGGUAGUAAUGUAGGUAAAUACAGACACACAAAAAAAAACAUAUAUCUAUACCUGAGGAAGAAGGAAGAGGAAGACUGUGGCUCAUGGCUGUGAUUUUGGUCGCUUUCAUAUUUGUGUUGGCUGGUUUAUGGAGCAGGACUUCCCUCGUAGUCGCUCAGACUUGCAUCGAUGAGGGCAGGUUUAAGGAGCAGGUCCUCUAUGUGGGGCAGCAGGGGCCCUCAUAUCAGCUGAACUGUCCUCUGGAGUCCGGUCAGUCCCACCUCAAGCUGUCCUGGCUGAAGAACUGUCAGCGCCUUGAUUCCCAGGAAGGGAAGGCUUACCUGAAGUUUGCCAACCUCAGUUUGGCAGACCAAGGGAAUUACACCUGUCAGCAGCAGGGCAACAGCACAGCUUCAUUCACUGUGCACCUCAUAGUUAAGGAGUCCCAGUGCUCCAAAGCUCCAACAUUUGAACCCAAUGGGGGCCAGACCAGGCUCUGGGGGGAUGUAGGAUCCACUGUGAAACUAAACUGCACUGCUCUGCUCCUCGGUGAUGAGAAGCAAUGUGACACCACUCUGCACUGGAGUAAAGAUGGCCAACCUCUCAGCAACCACACACUGCUUUUGCAGAAUACCUCCUCAUGGUUCUCAGGUGCCGGUCUGCUGAUGGUAAGCAGUUUGCUGACAAUCACCCUGCGAGAGCAGGAAGAUUUUGGGCUGUACAGCUGCACAGUGAGGAACGUUUCUGCCGACUUUAGUGUAGAGAUUAUAAAGAAACCCAGCCACACAGCUGCUGUUAUUGCGGCCAUUGUCCUCCUCCUCCUCCUGGCUGCAGCUGCUUUUGUGUACUCCAGAUAUCACCUGAACAUCAAACUCUGGUACAGGAACUCAUAUGGAGACUAUGAACUGAAUGAUGGGAAAUUAUAUGAUGCCUACAUCUCCUAUGUGAACAAUGACUAUGACAGGAAGUUUGUCAACUUUAUUCUCAAACCUCACCUGGAGAAUAAAAAUGGGUACAAGUUGCACCUCAAUGAAAAUGAUAUCCUACCUGGUGCAGAACCUUCUGCAGAGCUGCUGAUGAACAUGAGUCGCUCUCGGCGUCUGAUCGUGUUGCUGUCUUAUGCUUACCUCGAGCAGGAUUGGUGCUCCAACAACUUCAGGCAGGGCCUUCUGCAUUUGUUGGAGCUGUGUCAGCAGCCCAUCCUCAUCCUGUUGGAGGGACAGUCUAAACGCAUGAGUCCUGAGGUCAAGCAGAAGCUCAAUGAGCACCAGCACAGCCUCACCAUACUCACCUGGAAGCACAACUCCGUGACCCCGUCGUCAGUUUUCUGGAAAGAGCUGGCCUUAGCGAUGCCUCGCAGGGUCAUCUUCCACAGCGAGAAUGCAGGCGACCCUCAGACUAUGCUACAAGAUGACAAAGACCCCAUGCUGACCCUUGACCCCGACUACCUGGACUGCCGCUCAGACACAGACCCUGCUGGAGACCUGGGUCUGCGCCUCCCUGUGUACAAGGCUCUGGCCUGUAAAGCUCCAGUUCUCCCUGCUGCUCCCAUCAUGGAGGUUGACCCCAAACCCUCAGACAUCGACGUGUCUGAUCUGGGAUCACGCAACUAUGGAACCCGCUCAGACUUCUACUGCCUGGUCACUGAGGAGCACAUUUGAUCCAAACUCCUCUCCUGAUCUCUGGAAAUAAACACCUACAUGGAGACCCUCACUUUAUAUCAUUACUUUAUAUUUAUAUGUCAAGUUAAAUAAGUGUUUUUUUUCAACCAAAGACAGAUUGUUAAUGCUUUUGUUUUUUGUAUUGUGUCAUAUUUUAUGAGGAAUUAUCUGAAAUACUUGAUCUAUAUAUAUGUAUAAAAUGUUGAUUUUCAUUUCAGAGCCAAGAAGUCUUUAUUAACCGCCAGCAGAGGGCAGCGUAAUGUCAGACAAGAUGAAGGAGCUUUCUAAACUUUUUGUUUUCAUAGGACAGAUGAUGCAAGACAGGGUUGGGAAAUGAAGCACAAAUAUAUGUGACAUAUAUGUGACUGUUGAGUCCUGAAGUCAGUUUUAAACCAAGAACGCUGUUAGUUGGUCGCAGUUAAGCUGACUCAUGCAACAGGACACACAUGACUGCAAAACUAACAGUUCCUGACAUUUCUGUACAGGUGUGGGCUUUGUGUGAUGUAAAGUGAACAUGGCAAUCACACUAAUAAAGCAGUUUGACAAAAUA